UUAUGCCGCAUUACCCAGAAGACAUUGAAUAUUCUGAUAAAUAUCAAGAUGAGUUCUAUGAAUAUCGACAUGUCAUAUUACCUAAACAUAUAUUCAAAAAAUUGACAAAAGGUAUUAAAAUUAAACUAAAUAUUCAGGUAAAUUAUUGAAUGAGAUGGAAUGGCGAGGAUUAGGUGUUUAAUAAUCUAGAGGAUGGGUUCAUUACGAAUGUCAUAGGCCAGAACCACAUAUUUUAUUAUUCAGAAGACCCAAAGGAACUGAUCCAAACACUGGAUUACCUCCAUAAGGUUUUUCUGCACCAUAUUGAU